AUGAAGAACAUGUUGCUUUUCGGGUAUAGUUUCACCGUAGUCGCAUUAUUAUCCAUAUUAACUCAAGGCUACCGUCACACUCCCGCUCAACCGCCAAACAUUGACGCAAACGCCGAUGUCAAACCGCAAGAAACACUCGCGGUUCACAACAAGGCCAGAGCCUUGGUCGGAGUCGGUCCAAUGGUGUGGAACGAAACUCUAGCGACCUACGCACAGAGCUACGCACACGAACGAGCCAGAGACUGCGCCAUGAAGCAUUCCUCGGGGACUUACGGUGAGAAUCUAGCCGCUGGUUGGGGAACGAUGAGCGGUCCGGUCGCGACUGAGUAUUGGAUGACGGAGAAGGAGAACUACGAUUAUGACACUGACACGUGUGGUGGUGAUGGUCUGUGUGGACACUACACUCAGAUCGUGUGGCGUGACUCGGUCCGGCUCGGUUGUGGCUCAGUGAGGUGUAAGAAUGAUGAGUAUGUUUGGGUGAUUUGUAGCUAUGAUCCUCCGGGGAAUUAUAUCGGUCAACGUCCUUAUUAA